AUGGAGCUUGUUGAUGAUACCACGCUUGAUCAGGCGGAAAAGAUACUGGACGUUGGAGGAAGCCAAUCAGUGGCCGAAUUGCAGCGACUGUCACAAGAACAAAUUCAGCUUAUCCUUCAGUACUGGGAGACCCUCAAUCAGUUGCUCCAACGACUGGAGGACACGAUUCGCAAGAGAUGGAUGAAGAAAACUGUCCAACAGCGAAGGGAAUUCUUACUCGCCGUCGAUCCUAGCAUUCCAAAAGACCAUCGCCCCGACAUCGACUUGAAACAUGAGCUUGCGAAUAUGCACAACAGUCGUGCUUCCAUGUUACCACACAUCAACUUGGAGGAUCUUCUUCGACGACCAGAAGUAUUCUUGACGUUCUUGAAUUCUCGCGGUCGCAUCCAUCCCGCUAGGUUCGCGCACACGGAGCUUGUAAAUUCUCCAUGUUACAAGCUUCCAGACGAAUCGCUGUGGGAGAAAAUUCGAACACACACGAUGGCGUUCGAUUAUCCUACGAAGGACCAGCCUUAUGGGGCCAUGAGAUACUGGGAGGACAGUGCCAAGGCUAGGCACUUCGUGAAUACCGGAAAAGGCAUGCAUCCAACGCAUGGUGUGCAGGUGACAGACAUCCAGCUGGGAACAUAUAGGUUUCUUUUGUCGUGCUGUUUCAACCUUCUCCGUGACUUUGCGAGCGAGAACACCAAUAUAACUCAGUUGUCGAUCAAACCAGAACCUCCGGCUAUAUCCGAAAACGAUGCCAACUACCAAACUCUGGGGGAGGCUGCUUUAUUGGCACCCUACCGUGUUCCAUCGCAGCUCGACUUUGGCCGAUUGCGAUCUCUUAUCAUAGCGCGGGUAGGCGACCUAGCAGAUCAUGUCUGGGCGAUGCGCGAGGACCCUGGUUAUUUUGCGGCCUUCUUCUACGAUCACAAAGACCAUAGGCCAGAAUACGUGACUUCCAUCACUGGUCAGCAACAUGACGUGGUCAAGCAACAUCCCCACGUCAUGUACGGUUAUAUCCUGCGGAACAUGAUCGUUGACUCCUAUUUCUUGCUUUACCAAUGGCACGAGUGUCUACGUCUUGUGAACACUCUCGACGAUACAGCAAAGCUAUCUGCUUACGAAUUUUCAACGAAGGAUCCUUUACCAGAGAAGUAUUACGUGAACUUUCUCAAACUCUGGCAGAUUCUCUUCAGCAUCCACACGGAUACGCAUGGAUGUUUUCGUCAACGUAUUCCCGCAUCGCCUCCCUUGCGACGUUUCUUUACCAAAAUGUACGCAAAUAAGACUACUCACGAAAGUCGAUUCGCGAUCAACAAGAAGGAGGCUGCCAAAGACCCUCUGACAAAGCAGUUCCUUGAUGUCCUUCUCGAGAUUUGGCUACCACAUAAACCUCCUCUUCACCUCGGGUUUGAUGUAGCUCUGGACAAGUUAGAUAGGUUGGUGUCGAGCAAAUCGUCGAUCAAGCCGCUCAUCUCAUCCUUUGUUUGGGCGGAUUUCUCGCAGCUUUCAACGUCAUCCGAGUGUAUUCACCAAAUACGAUCGUAUCAGCCCUGGGCAACACAGAUGCUGCAGGACAUGGGAAGACGUGAUCCGCGGAAUGUGGGAGACCGCGAGAUUGAAAUGGCUACAUACUAUCUAUCUUUCACCAAUAAGUGGCAUCGCGUGACAUCCAUUACGCGCUUCGACGACGUCGAAAUGAUACAACUGGGCGACCCUUCUGAUAACAAAUUCGCGUAUCCCGUUACUGAGCGUCGGAAUGCCGAGAACACGAAGGCUCUGCAUUCUGCAGAGAAAAACCUUGACGCUUUCUGGAAGGCUGCCGACACAUACUGCAAGCAGUUGAUUGGAUCCACACUUCCAUCGCUACUCGACCGCGAUAUAACCCGAGGACGUUCUUUACGACGGACGCCUGCAUGGAUCGAGACACCAGCGGUCGGGAGUACUAUCAAGAAGCCCAGCCUGCUAUCACCACAGUACAUCUACCAGCCGUUCUCUGUUCUCGAUCAUGAUCCAGCCAGUGAGAUCAGCGGCACGUUCAAAAAGUUCCCCGAGCAAGCCAAGACCAAGGUGAAGACCAGAAGCAACGCCCAAUGGUCGGUUACAGCGUCGGAAGAUACCACUGACACCAAAAAUCAGCUAUCAUCGGGACCAUCGCCCAAGUUUGCCGUGAAUAAGCGAGUUCUUAAAGUCUUCAGGAUGCUCUUCUACUCUCCGUUCUCCACUGAUACCCCAGGCGAGGUGCCAUGGGCAGAAUUUCUCCACGCUAUGGCUUCGACAGGGUUCUCGAUAGAGAAACUCCACGGCUCUGCAUGGAAGUUCACACCGAAAGACUUGGCCGUUGAGCGUUCGAUCCAGUUUCACGAGCCACACCCUGUUAGCAAACUUCCAUUCACGUGGGCAAGGCGAUACGGCAGACGCCUUGAAAGGGCUUAUGGCUGGACAGGAGAGACGUUUUCUCUAGCUUGA